UAACUUUGCAAUAGUGCAAUACGGCAGUAGCAUCAGGACAGAGCUCUCUCUUCUAGAAAAUAAGGAUCGUGCCAGAACCUUGCAAAAGGUCAAGGAAAUACAGCAAAUUUUCAAUCUCACCAACACUGCCUCUGCCAUCCAUCAUGUCCUCACAAAUAUUUUCAUCCCUGAGAAUGGAUAAAAAAAAAACUCCAAAAAAAUUAUAAUUGUAUUGUCUGACGGGAAGAUUUUGGGAGACCCAAUGAAUCUUACUGAUGUUUUGAACAUGCCACAAAUGAAAGAUGUCACUCGCUAUUCCAUUGGGGUUGGUGAAGGUAUUCUGUCUAAUCCUGAAGCAAUAAAAGAGAUGAAGGACAUAGCAGAUCCUGAUCAAUUUUUCAGUGUUUCCAAUUAUACCGGAUUAGACGACAUUCUGUCCUCACUGAAAAGUAUAAUUGGAAUUAAAGAUAUAGAUGUGUCUGGUCAGGCUAAAUGUGCUCAUAGCUGUGCGAAUGUGCCGGGAUCGUUCCGUUGUGUGUGUAAUCUGGGGAUCGAGCUGGACACUGAUGAGAAUCACACCUACCGUGAGUAG